UGAAGAUCGAUUCUGAGUAGUUCAUGCUGUCAGAUGGAUAAUGGCAGCGACAGUGAUUGAAACUAUGUCGCAGACCAAUGGAUUUCAGCUCAAAAAAAGAGAGGAGGUCGACAAUAAAGACAAUCUGUGGUCCUCGAUUUUGGCUGAAGUGCAGAACAGUGGCAGCAACAAAUUACCGUCAAACAAAAAUGUUCUAGUUCUGGGAGAUAACGAAAGUGGUAAAACAACACUUAUUGCGAAACUCCAGGGAGUCGAGGAUCCCAAGAAGGGAUCGGGAUUAGAGUUUGCUUAUAUUGACGUUCGCGAUGACUACAGAGAUGAUCAAACAAGAUUAUCAGUGUGGGUGUUGGAUGGUGAUCCUGGUCACGCGAAUCUUUUGCGAUUCGCACUGAGCCCCGAGCGUUUUCCCCACACCCUGGUAAUGCUUGUAGCAGCGAUGACGACGCCCUGGGCCCUCCUGGACCAGUUGCAGUCGUGGGCAGCCCUCCUGGGGGAUCACAUCGACAGACUCCCCCUGGACAACGACACGAGGCAAAAGUGUCGACAGGGAUUGGUUAAAAAAUGGCAGGACUACAUGGAGCCUGGGGACGAGCUUGACCCAGGAAGUCCCCUCCGGCGUACAAGUCGCAAUCUCGACGAUGACAGUGACAAUCUACCUCUCCCAGAGGGUGUUCUCACCACUAAUCUGGGACUGGACGUUGUCGUUGUCAUCACCAAAACUGAUUACAUGUCCACUCUCGAGAAAGAGCAUGAUUACAAGGACGAGCAUUUUGAUUUUAUGCAGCAGUGGAUCAGGCGAUUCUGCCUGCAGUAUGGAGCAGGAUUGUUUUACACCUCCGCCAAGGAGGACAAGAACUGUGAUUUGCUGUAUAAGUACCUUACUCAUAGGAUUUACUCUUUACCAUUUAGAACACCUGCUCUUGUCGUCGAGAAAGACGCUGUACUUAUACCUGCUGGUUGGGAUAAUAUGAAGAAGAUUGGAAUCCUCCAUGAGAAUCUCCAAUCGAUGAAGCCAGAUGAUUACUAUCGGGACAUCAUCGCUCAACCUCCAACAAACAGAAAGUGUGUUGCGAGGGAAGUGGAGGUUCAGGCUGAGGACGAACAGGCAUUCCUCGCAAAACAACAGGCAACACUCUCAGGGAUGAGGGAUCCAACGCGUUCCCCUACGACACGCAACCAGGCAAGCUCUGGACCAGUCAUGCAGGUGCCCUCCCCCAACAAGAAAUUGGAUCCUAAGGGGACUGGGGCGACACCAGCAGGCGAGGGUGUUCUAGCCAAUUUCUUUAAUUCACUUUUGUAUAAAAAGAGUGGAGCAUCUCCUGGGGGUCCUGGCACACCAGGAACACCAGGCAGUGUUGGCACAAGUCCUGUAAAAAUUGACGGCGGACCCGUGGAUAAAGCCGCGAUGAGAAAUGAUGCAGCUGCAGAAUUGGAUCGCAUAACUCGGAGUAAAAAAAUACCCCCACCGGACCUCAACUCAUCGUCAGAGUGUUGAGAGGAGGGAAAAUAAAUAUAUCAUGGAAUAUUCAUUUGCGGCCCAUCUGCAUUCAGAUGCCCUCGGACACCAGAAGUUAGAAUGAAUGCCCUAGGAGAAGGUACCGUAAAGUCACGCCUCUAAGUCUUCAAUAUUCCUCGAAUCAACAAUGCGAUUUUUAAAAAUCCGGUGUCACCUCGAAGAGCGAUAAAAACCCUUCAAAAUGACACUAGACAUUUCAAUUUUCACUCGGCCAAUCCCGAGUUAUUGAAGAUUGAACAAAAAUUUUUACAAUUUUUUUCCCUUAUUUUCUAAAAAAGUGAUAUCCAGAGGAUUUGACAGCUGACAAUUACUAUCAACAAUGCCACAAUAUGUAGUACUUAGAGAUCUUUCCACUUGCAUAAUUUAUUGAUUUGCCAGUUAACAUCUUAUUAAUUAAUUAUUUUAAUAAACAGAGUUCAUAUUUGUGUUCAUUUAAAUCAAUCGCAACGGUCAAAUCCUCGAAUAUCCCCACUUUCAUCCUCAAUUAAUCAAUUUAAUUGAUUAAUCACUUAGUUUAAGUCAUCUUAAUACUCGAAAAUAGCUCAACAAACUUGUAAAUUUGAUGUAACGAGAGAAAAAAAACAGUGAAAAAGGAAUGAAACGUGCAAUAGCAGAAGCAUUUCGUAUUCUUCUUAUAAUUCCUCUAACUAAUGAGAUGGGCCGCAGAGAGUUCAUUAAUUGAAUCAUUAAUAAAUCGAAUGAAUGAAUAAAAAUUAACAACACGCCACAGCUAAAAGCCUUAAUCGUUGUGUUUGAAUACAAAAUACAUGAUAAAAACAUUUCAACUCGAUUUUUGCACAUCUAUUUCCCCUCGAGUAUUGGAAAAACUCAGGUGCAUCAAAUCAACUUGAAGCGUUUUACCUCUUCGCUCCUGAAUUAAUAGAUUAUUAAAUUAAUGUAGUUAAACAUUUAAUAUAAAUAAUGAAAAUUGAAUUAUGCUUACGCACAUGUCUUUGCGUCGUACCAAUAGUAAAUUAUUUAGCAAUCUUAUUUCAGAUUAUUUGGAAUACUUUUGUUUUUCUCAUUAUCUUCACUGUCGGUCUAAUCUAGAAUUACACGAAAGUUUAUUGGGAGUGUGUGAGAAGUUUUAUACGAGAUGUGAACAAUUACAUGAGUUUAAAAGGAAUUAAAUAGCUUUAGAAAUCUGCUUUAUAGUGUGGAGAAGGUAAGCUGAGAGAUAAUCGGAUGUAUUUUUCUUUUAUAUAAAAUUAUUCAUCGAUUUGUCAUUCAGUUCGAUUGUCUGCAUGUAUUAAUGAAAAAUAAGUCGAACUCAUGAUCAAAUAAAUAAUUUUUCAUACAACAUUUGAGUAAUGUUGUUUUAUUGAGUCUUAAUUAGUUGGAAUAUUAUGCUGAUUACGCGGCUAAUUAUUAAUCUAGAUUGCAAUAUUUUUCUAUUUUUCGGGUAUGUAAAGUCUACUUAGAUACCUUGUAAUCCGCAGUUUCAUAACAGCUGUAUAAAUCAUCUGCAAUGCACGGUAUAUAUUUAUCAAUCGCGAUUAAUACUGCUGGAAUGCAGGUAUAAUUAAUAAAGUAACAAAUUAAAAAAAAAAAAAAA